AUUCUCACCCCUGAAAGCUCCAUCUAUGUCUUUCUCAAGCUUUAGUCCUUGCUUGAAAGAGGUAAUUAAAUGUUCUCUCUCUCUCUCUCUCUCUCUCUCUCUCUCUCUCUCUCACACACACACACACACACACACACAGCAUUCCCAAGUACACAUAUCUAUUAGGCUAAUAUGCAGUCUUUCUCAAGCUUUAGACAUUAUUAGCAUCUAUGCGAAUCAUAACAGGGAAACUCUCUCUCUCUCUCUCUCUCUCUCUCUCUCUCUCUCUCUCGUAAGGGCACACACAUUCGAGCAAUCCCACAUAGCAUAUAUACACAAGUAGUAUUUGUUCUAUUUGCUACUAAUUUGCUGUGUAGACUUGGAACUAUAUAUAUGAAUCAUAAAAAGGCAACUCAACUCUUCCUAUAGUUAUCAAUAGCUAUGAAUUUGUACAACACAUCCACUCACAGUACAGACAAAGGAAUUGACUCAUAGAAAACUAGUCUUUGUUACUUCCUGCAGGGGUGAAGCAAAAAAGGAUGGAGACUUAGUCAAAUUCAUUGGGUGCAUUAUAUAAUCUUUCUUUCUCAAGCCCUAGCUAAAGGCUUGUUUGGCAGUGGUGCCAUCACAAUGCAUCCCUCAAACGUCAAUGGCCACACUAACAGUACUCUUGACCAAAUAAUGCCUUAUUACAGGCCUUCUCUUUCAGACCAAAACGCUCUCACUCUCACCCCUUCUUCUUCUUCUUUUUUCAACUCUCCUUCUCCCUACAUUCACUACGAAGACGACCUAAUUCUCCAAUAUUACCUUUUACAACAUCAGCCCCUUAUACCCGAGGCAUCCGCUCCCGAUUCAAACAAAAGUGAGAUUCAUAACAACGAUAAAUUUAUGAGUCUCGUCGAGCAGAUCAAUCCGAGGAAGAGAUGUUACAAGAAAGAUCGACACAGCAAGAUCGAAACGGCCCAAGGUCCGAGGGACCGGAGGAUGAGGCUGUCCCUUGAUGUUGCGAGAAAGUUCUUUAAUCUCCAAGACAUGCUGGGAUUCGACAAGGCGAGUAAAACCGUAGGGUGGUUACUGACCAAGUCGAAAACCGCGAUUGAAGAGCUCAAGAGAGGGUUUCCACAUGUGAAGAACAGUUGCAGUGUUGGGGGAAACAAUUAUAGUGCUUCUUCUACUUCUGAGUGUGAAGUUGUGUCUGGAAUCGAUGAGUCGGCGGUCGAUGAAAACUGGCACGGUAGGAAGGGGAAGAGCUCGAAAACUUUAGGGAAAGGGAAGAAAAAUGUUAGGGCAAUCUUGCGAAAAUCGGCAUUUGAUCCUAUCGCUAGGGAAUCGAGGGAUAAGGCAAGAGCGAGGGCAAGGGAGAGAACUAGAGAGAAGAAAAAGUUUGAUGAAUCAAAACUACCUUUGGAAGGGGUACUGAAUCGCGAUACAAACCGUCUAGGGUCUUGGAGUCGUCUUGAAAAAGGCGAAGAGACCGGUACACAACACCUUGAUUUGCUUGCUGAUGUUGAAGACCUGAGCUCAUCCAUGAUCUUCAACCACAACAAUGGAAUUUCUCACGAGAAUCAUUUCACAGACUUCCAAGUUUAUGGCAAGUCAUCGGAGGCCUACAACAACAUAAAUCUAUGCAAACAAUCACCUAAUGUCUUCUUUGGUGAUUUGAGUUGCCAAUAUUAGAAAGAGUGAGAACAUAGAAAUUGUAAUAAGAAAUAUGCAUCUAUUGUUGUGAAAUAUUGUUGUGUUGUGAACUGCUUUAUGAAUGAUUGUUAUAUUAUGUAUCAUUUACUAUUAAUAUUUGGAAACUUCUAUAAUUUCUUGUUCUAA